GUCACAAAUCGCAUGGCGUCGCCCGAUAGGGACAGCACCGAUUUAAAUUUUCAAACAGCUUUUUACUGAUGCGAUGUUUGGGUUUCAUUUUGACAUUCGGUUAGAACGUAAAUUGUCAUUGAACUGAACGUAAACGAGUGCAUCACAACCGAAUAUUGUCCCGUUGCAGAGUAAACACCAAUUUUUAGCAUGACUUCUGUGUAUUAAGCAGGGAAAAAAGUGAAUUUUAAGUUUUAAGUCAAUUUAUUUUAGUUGGAUUUGUGUUUGGUCGUAAUUUUUCGUAGAAAUAUUUCAUUGUUUUUGAGAUUUGGUGUAAGACAGCUAAGAUGCAACAGCCACAAGAGAAGCGGCGUUGUAGUAUUUUAAAGAAAAGAAGGUCACGUAGUUUAAGCCCCAAAAGUCCACAAAGAGAGAACACUGCACGCCGAGCAUCGCGUCGUAUUUCAUUUUCGGGCAAGCACAAUGUGCGUGAGUUUUUCGGGAAUGAAAACACGGCCAUUGUAUGGGGUGAAACGUAUGAUGUAUCAACUGAGAAGCAUGUGCUUAGCAAUGAACAGAUUACGCUCCAGUCGAUACGUUCUAAUUCGAUGUCGGCCACCCUGCAAACGACACGCAAUGAUUCGGUUGGAAUGGAUAUUACCAGUGCACUGCCAUCGGCACCGGCCAAUGAAGAGAAGAAACCAGUUAGUACGGCAAGACCGUCGAUUCUACGCAUAUCGUACAGCGAAGACCAAAAGGAGAAUAUAAUGAUGGGUAACGAUACAGAUAUAGAAUUUUCUCUAGUAAUGCAACCGCCAACCAAACCGGCACCAUCAAAACCACUGUUCUCGGUAUCAUCGUUCAAUUCAAGCGCUAGAGCGUCAUGCUUCAAACCGAGUUUGUUUAACUUUGCUCGUAAAUCGGAGUCAAUCGAAACGAUGACCGUAGGAGAGAAGACCAGUGGUUCUGAUAACAUGGAUAUCUCGGGCGUUGAGCCAACACUGCAAACCGAAGAAUUGGAAACAAAAUCAGCCCAAUUUGGUUCAAAAUACAGAGAUUUUCUGCAGCAGAACAACUUGAUCGCCAAAGCAAAGAGUGAAACAAACAAUCGCCGACAAACUGUGAACCAAUCGGUGGACAUGCAGUUUGACAAGAGUCAGGUGAUCGAAUUACUUCCUGCUGUCCAACCAAAUGGGUUGUCGCAAAAGUCAAACACGCGAAAAACAAUCCAUGAACCACACAAAAUGGAAGUGGAUAUUGAUGAUGCGACUAAAUCGAACGUUCAAGCUGAGAAAACGGCAAAAGCUCGCCGUGAAACGAUACUCAGAACAGAGGAUAUUGUUGAGUCUCCAGUUCCACAGCAAAGUAUUUUGGCAUCGAAAUCAAUUUCACAGUCAAAAAAACGUACAACUAUCCACGAAUCACAUGAAAUGUCCAUCGAUGCUGAGACCAAAUCGAAUAAUCAGAAGAAGACUACAAAUGAUCGCCAAACUCGUCGUGAUACGAUACUUGGUGAACGAGCCAUGGUCGAGUCACCAAUACCACAGCAAAGUAUUUUGGCAUCGACAUCAACGAAAACGGCAUCGACUCGUCGUGAUACGAUACUUGAUGAACGAGCCAUGGUCGAGUCACCAAUACCAAAGCAAAGUAUUUUGGCAUCGAUAUCAACGAAAACGGCAUCGACUCGUCGUGAUACGAUACUUGGCGAACGAGCCAUGGUUGAAUCCCCAAUUCUGCAGCAAAUUUCAGCAACAAAAUCGAUUUUGCAGCCAAGUAAACGCGCAACAAUUCAUGACUCGUUCCAAAUGUCAUUCGACAAAAAUGAGUCGUCAAAUUGUGCACAACUUUCGGAUAUGUCAAUCGAGUUUCUGCCGUCAGAACUGAAAAAUCAGCCAACGCGUCGUCAAACCACACAUAAAGCGCAAGAUGUUUCCCUAGAUACGCCAACAUUUGGUAUGAAUCCACGUCAAAUGACCGAAAAUCUCGCACUCGACAUGUCAUUGGACACGAUGCAUUGGAAUAAUUUGCCUGUCACUCAACCGGCCAAUUCAAAGAAGCCGACGCAAUCGUCCAGCCGAAUGACAAUAAACGAACUACGAGAAAUGUCCUUUGAUUCAACAACCAAAUCAGCCGCUCAGACAUACAACAAUAAAACCAUUUUCGGCGAUAUAUCAAUGGACUUGCAGAAUACCGAAGCAUUCAAACCAUCGACACGAAAAUCAGUCAUUUGUAAAUCGCCCAGCAAAAAUGCAACGAGAUUGUUUGAUCGAAGCGAUGCUUUUGAAUUGACCAGAGGUGCGGACUUGAAUUCAAUGUGUAUAUCAUAUCAUCCGUUGCAUUCAACCCGGCUGAAUGAUGGCAAUUAUAGUAGAUCGACUGACAUCGAUUGCGACACAUCCAUUCAGAGUGCGAAAAUCGAAAACAAUACGCUUCAUUUGGGCUCAGAUAUCGAUCAGACAUUCGUUGGCGGCAAAAUCAAUGAAGCUCCAGUUCAAGUGCCGGUAAAACAAGUUCAAAUCUUCAAUCAAACCAAGCAACAAACGAUUCGUGAUUCAUGCGAUUUGGAUAUGAGCGAAGUUUCACCGGUGCCAACGGCCAAAAAGUACAAUCUCAACAAGACACCAUUUUACCUUGGCAUUGAUAAGGAGAAUGAUCCGACAUUGAUUGAAACGACACACGCAAGUGAUUUGUCUUCGCUGGAUUUGACUAAUAACAGCAAAGAAGAAACGCUAGUGUCUGAAUUCAAGCAAGAGCCAAUUGAGGCACGCCGUGGAACGGUACUAUUCCAUGCGACCAUUCAGAAUGACAGCAAAUUGGAUGAGGCCAACGAAACAAACACACUUCCGAUUGAGAUCAGUGACUCUUCAAUUGUUGAUCCACAAAUAGCAGCCGUUGCAGCUGCACUUGAUACAAAAAGAAGAACAUGCUUCCAGGAAAUGACUAUUUCCGUGGAACCAACGCUAAAAACCGAACUGAACCGAGUGAGUAACUUAAUGACACAGUCUAUAAUACAAAUCACCCCAAUCAAAAUCGAUGAUUCUAUUGAUGACAACCCAAUGCCGACCAGAGUCGAAGAUAACAAGCGUUUAACCAUCGUCAAAAAUGAAUCGAUCGCACUGAAUGAUUCACCAUUUGAUUAUAAAAACACUUCAAGUGGUUUGGAAGAAUCGAAGCAGCUCACAUUCAUUGAAGAUGAUGAUGAUGAAGACGACCAAAUUUGCAACACCAAACUCGAUUUGGCCAUUUCACUGGAAAGUCUGGAAAUUGAUGAUUUUGUUGAGCGAAAACACGGAUCAGUCUCCAACAAAAGUUGCAGUUUGAGCAAGUUAAGUUUGCACAGCGAUAUCAACAUGCCAAGCAUGCGAUACAGUGCACAUGAUUUCGCGAUGAAAGGGAUGGAUCACACAUUGACGACAGAGCCAAUGCCACCAUCAUUGUCAGAUACAUUAAAAGCCGACGAAAUACAAGCCUUUAAGAAAUCCAGCCGACUGCGUCAUAGCAACGUUUUUGAAGUGAACAACACUUCAGCCGAGGCGAAUCAAAGUGAAUCUGUUGUGAACGAAGAAGAAGAAGCAGUAGCAGCAGCAGCACCCAAACAUAUACCAAUGGAAUCAACCAAAAAUGUUGCAAUGGAGCCGCCUCAACAUAUUUCAAUGGCUCCAAUCAGCCGUUCAAGCAUCAUGCAACGCAGAGGCAGCAGCAUUGGAUCGAACUGUGAAGCCGAUGAAACAUCAUAUCUAUCGAAAUCAACUGCCGAUAAACCAUUGAGUGAAAUUAAGAUUGACUUUUCUGGCUAUGAUAAACUGGUUGGAUUGGCCACACCACAAGAUGUGUUCAAAGAUUUCUGCAAUCGCAUGGAUCAAAUAAAACGCAAAGCGAAACAAUGGGAAGAAGAACGAGACAAAUUUGAGAGAGGGGAAAUUGAAAGCAUCGAUCUUAAUUUCGACAAUAACAACAACGACGAUGAUCUGGUAUCACAAAAUGUUGAAGCGCCAUCAUGGAAAUUUCUGUAUAUGAACAAAAUGAAAUGGGAAGAUGAAGAGCAAGAAGCGGAGAUCGAUCGUAUGUGGGAGCAGCGUGUGGUCGGCGCAUAUUUGCCAACUAUUCCAGACAUUUUCAUUUUAACACUGAACAAAUGCCGCAUGCUGAAGAAUUGGACAUUCGAUGACAUUUGGUUCUUCCAAGGCAAUAUUCAUCUGCGAAACAAUCUGAUGCAUGUGUUCAAAGUCUGCCUCAUCUACGACCCAAACACAACUGAGAAUAGUGUUGAGAUGUAUGGAGCGCUAAAGUUCACGAAAAUCAAUCGUCAAUUCUGUCCGAAACACAUGAGCCAAAGAACGUAUGCGCCGUUCCUUCUCGAAGUGCAAGAGCUUAAUUCCAAAUUGCCAAGCAAUCUAUUGCCAUUGUGUGAAACAAGUGCAUAUUUAUCGGAGUUUGAUGAUAAAAUGAACGAGUACUGUGUCAAAGCUCAGAACAAAGUCAAAGAAAUACAUCAAAUUUGCCGGAAAGUCAAUGCACUGAUCAAAGAAGAAAAUGGUUUAAUCUACAUCAUGAAAACCAUGUUGGACUUCAAGACGGAAAGCUACCAGGAUUACAUCAUCGAACUAAGCGAUAUCGAUAGCACCGAAUGGCGAAAUGUGCGAACAAAUCCACGCCGGGUGUUGAAUGAGGAGAUAAAGAGUCUACCGAAGGGUGUGGCAUUCAUCAAGGAGCUACUAACCAACGACAGAAAAUAUGUGCCAUGGAAAUGAGCCGCCGCUUAUCACUAGUUAUUAGAAUAACGAACACAAAACUAGCAAUAAUCUAAUUUAAUCGGUUUUACUUUGUACAAUUUCGGUUUCAAGCUCAAUAUCUCAGAAAAAUUAUCUAUUGAAUGAUUUAUUGUUGGAAGAACAAUUACUUUUGCGAAAAUAAAUCAAAAUAGAAGAAAAAGAAAGAAUCAUUCAAGAUCAUCAUAAUGCUUAGAAGCUUAAUUUAAAUAAACACCCACAUCUUUAUUGCAAA